CCACGCCCAUUAAUGAGCACUGCUUUAGCCAAAGUCAGAGCCAAAGUGCAUGAAAACAACUCCAUAUUUUAGCCCAAAUACAGUACAACUAGCAGCUUAGUGAGCAGAGCGCCUUCAAGAUGGCGUCGUCUACCCUAGUGUAUCAGUACACGGGCCUGUACGUUAGAGUGAGCGAAGCUAAGAAGAUACCUAGCCGGGAUGUGUCUGGUCAUCCACGCAAUCCAUUCUGUAUUGUGAAAGUUGACAACGAUACAGUUGCCAGGACAGCGAAUGUGUUCAAGACCCUAGAACCAUUCUGGGGAGAAGAGUACAACUUGCACGUUCCUAAUGAGUUCCAAGCAAUCUCCGUGUACAUGUUCGACUAUGACUCUAUGGGGUCUAAGGAGCCUCUGGGCAAAGUGAUGCUCACCAGACCUGACAUUGUCAAGAACCCAAGAGGCAUAGACAAGUGGUUCCCACUGACGCCCAUACACAAGGACGACGAGGUACAGGGAGAGGUCCUCGUGGAGAUGAACAUCGAGCAGUUUGGGGAGGAUGGACAGGAUAUAUUCCGUCUCCUCCUAACGGUAGUGGAAGCAAGGGACCUUGUUGGUAAGAGUGAUGGCAAAGCUGACCCCUUCGCUGUGGUACACUUUGGAGAAGAACAGCACCAAACCCAGGUGAUGACCAAGACCCGGUUUCCUCGAUGGCGUAAGACAUUUGAUAUCCCGUUCCCCAAACGACUGGUUGAGCUAGAGGAGAGGAUAGUGAAGAUAGUCGUGUAUGACUGGGACAAGUUCCUCCACAACAAGUUCAUGGGAGAGGUGGAGAUAGACUUGUCUGAGUUGAUGGUGGGUCAACGCUACAAGACCUGGUACAGACUGAAGCAUCAGGAACACAAGCAGAAGGACAAGAAGAAGGAGCUUGGUUCUCUGAGGCUGAAGGUCCAAUGCAGUGAGGAGAGGAUACUGGAGGCCUCUCUCUAUGAUCACUUUGUCAAGCUGAUGCUGGAUACAGUUGACAAUCCCACGACUAACGGCAGCCCCUUGCUCGUGAUGUUGGAAGAGGUGAUGACAAUGGAUCGCAACUCACUAGCACACACUCUAGUGAGGUUCUUCCUGGCCCAUGGCUCUGUCAUACCAUUCCUGGAUGCACUUACUGUACGAGAGGUCACCAUCACCAGUGACACUCGGACAUUGUUCAGAGGCAAUUCUUUAGCAUCGAAAGCAUUCGACCAAUUCAUGAAAGUGGUGGCACUUCCCUUCCUCCACGAGACCCUCUCCUCUGCUAUUGACAUGGUCUACACUGACCAUCGAGUGUGUGAGCUGGACAUUGAGCAACUGAGGCAGUCCUCAAAAUUAAAGUCAGAGUCGGUGUGUCAGAAGACGGUUGAGAUGUCCAUCCAGAUCCUCAGCUGCUAUGUGGAAGCCAUCAUGCACUCCAUAGUGACCUCAGUGGAACACUGCCCCAAGCUCAUGCGUCUGGCACUACGGCAACUGUGGCUGAGAGUGGCAGAGAGAUUCAAGGACCCUGAGCACGUGGACGUUCCUUAUCUAGCCAUCACUGGUUUCUUGUUCCUGAGGUUCUUUGUGCCUGCCAUUCUUUCACCCAAACUGUUUGCACUGAGGGACGAGCAUCCUGACCAAAAGACAGAGAGGACUCUUAAACUCAUCGCAAAGGUACUGCAGAGCAUCGGCAACCUCUCCCCGGAGAUGGAUGCUAAGGAAGCGUACAUGCAACCAAUGUCAGCUGUCUUGGCUGACGGAGUGCGGAGAGUCAAGGAGUACAUCCAGGACCUGGUACAACUCGACCAGAGACACGUUACCGUGGAGACAGGAGCCAAGGACGGAGGGUACAUCCAUCACCUGAUCCUGUGCCGAGGCUGGCUAUGGAAGAGGAGUCACACCUCCGGUGUGUCCAGCAUCCAGUACAGGAAGAGAUUCUUUGAGCUCAGCAACAUGGCCCUCACUUACACACAGAACGAGAAACAGACUGGGGAGGUGAAGAGCUACCCAGUCCACUGCAUCAAGGUGGUUGAGAAGGUUGACGAAGGUGCCUUCCAUCGCAAGCACAUGUUCCAGGUGGUCAUUGUGCUCCAGGGGCAGGUACCCAACCCAGACACGCCCCCUGAGGUCUCGUUGUAUCUACAGGCAGCUGAUGUGAAUGAGCAGAAUCGUUGGGUGUCCGCCAUACGUAAGGCCUGCCUCUGUAACAGAGAGAUGAGACCAGUCUAUCAUCCUGGCUCAUUCAAGAAGACCAAGUGGACCUGCUGUGGAACCACCUCCAGCUUUGAGCCAGGUUGCAGUCAGUGUCACUGUGGCAUCACCAUUGGUGACUGGAGGGACCCACUAGACCCUGAGCUGGACGCACAAGUCAUCUUCACUCAGUUCCAUCAAGGGAAGAGCACCAUUAUCAAGAGGUACUUACCAGGUGGUGAUGACAUCAGUGGUUCCACACGCGAGGGCUCUAUAUCACCCACCUCCCUCUCAUCGUCAGGGGCAACCAGUCUACAGACAGACGAACACGAAGUGGGCGGGGCUGCAGCCUUGUCGCAGGGUCACAAUGAAAUGGAAGGAGCUAGCAGAAAACUAUUGAGUGUUCUAGACGAACUCUCCUACUAUCAUUCUCAGAUCCAUGUCUCAUGAUCCGGGACUUAAAUCACAUGACAUGUUUGUACGAUAUUAUCAGUGUACUAUUUUAGUCACCUUUUUCAUUGUUUGAAUGCUAUAACAUUA